AUGGCCAGCAGUGAUCACAGUACUAAUUGUGUUAAUACCUCAGAUGAGGAGGACUUUUCCUCCAAUGAGGAAUCUAGCUUGGAUAGCAGGGAGACAACAACAUCUGCACUGGGAAAGCUGAGACCAGAUGAACUUCAAAUCCUCCAAGAUGGUCUAAAUGAUUGGAAGGAAGCUGACACAAACAAAAGGGCCUCACUGAUGGAGGGCAUGCAGAACAAAAUCAAAUGGCUGGAUGCCAACAAGAGCCUCAAACAAAAUGAAUGGAAUAGAAAAUGGACAGCCAUCAAGAACUGGAUGUAUAACAACAGUCAGUCCCAGGCAUGGAAGGCCCUGGUCAAGUAUGGCUCCAAAUGGACAGCCCUAAAGGUGAUCAAGCUGCAGUGUAAGAAGGAUAUCCAGCAAGUACUUGUGAAGGCCAGAAUACAUCCUGGGACAUUGGCUAUGAUCAAACACUAUCAGCCAACUGUUCAGAAGGUAGUCCAGUCAUUGACCAAGGCUGAAUUGGACAAGGCAGCCCAUUUGGCAAAAGAGUGGAAUGAGAGAAAGCUGCCACCUGAAGCCCAGGCAGAGGGGCAACAAUGUGGGAUGAGAGUGGUGAUCAUGUUGGCAUGGAAGGAUAAGGAAGGCAAAGUGAUGGUUGGAGUGAAUGACUUCAAUGAUGAGCUGGGCAAUGGAGAGCUCUAUUCAAAUUGGGAAGACCUUCAUGGAAAGUGGUCAGCCUAUGCAAAGAAGGCCUUUGGGGCCAAUGGUACAGAGGAUGGCAGCAGAGAGGAUGAGGCCAGUCAAACCACAGUAAAAGCAUGGAAAGGAAAAAAGUGGUCUCAAUUCUCCCUGUCCACCAAUGAUGAUGGCAUGCCCAUUCUUCCAAAUCUCUUGGACUUACAGACACUGGAAUUAAAGGACAUCAUGAGGGAUGGUUCCCUGGAGGAGCUGGUUGCCAAACACCAAUGCCAGUCAGACAAAGCCAAAGGGAAGAGACCCUGGAUGGAAGUAAAUUCCAUUGAUGGCUCUGACUAUGGACAUCACUUGGAGGAGGAACCAGCUCCUCUCACAAAACCUUCCACCAAACAGCAAUGGAUAGAUGGUAUGUUGGAGCUGGUCAGAUUCUUUACUGGUAACCCUAACAUGACCUUGGAAUUGUGUGCUGAAGAUCAUCCCACUGGAACAUCCAAUGCACAGGAGGACAACAGACAACAGAACCAGUCCACAUCAGACUGGUGCAAUAUAGCUACUGCAUACCCCAAGCCAGCUGACAAUCAUGCCAAUGAUGGUGGUGAUUCAACUGCAAGGAAGCCCAAGCCCAAGCCAAGAAUCAGAUCCAAUGGUCAGUUUCCAUGCACACUUGGUUAA